AUGACUGUUUUAGCAGGUGUUCUGGAUUUAAUUAUCCAACUUCCUAUUUCGGAUCCCCUUUCUGCUGGUGAGUAUAUUCGUUGUGACGAUAAUGCGGAAUAUGAAGAAGAAGCAAGUGUUAAAGAUAUUGCUGAUGUUGUAAGAGGAGUGGGAGCGGGAGAUGAGUCAGACUCAGAAUUGAAAGAAGAGGUUUCCAUCAGUAAUGCAAUAGAAUGUAUCACAACGCUUGUCGAUUUUAUUAAUCAAAAUGAUUUUGAGAUAGACGCUAGUUGUAUAUAUAGUUUGAACAGGUUGAAGAGAGAAAUAGUUCUAAAAAAGUUAAUGCAAAAGAAACAAACGAAUCUUGAUCACUUUCUCGUUUUUGAUUAUUGA